AUGACGACCAUGGCUCGCGUGGAUGAAACGCUGGCGCGUUUUAAAGGUAAGUCCCCGAGGGACAGCUACAAGCAGAUCUGCGGCGAGCUCCACGUUCACAUGCAGCGCGAGAUCUUUGCGGCAUUGCCAGAGAAGCCGAUGGCGUGGCAUCACAUCUACACACUGGACCUGGAGAAGAGUCUGUUGGGCACCAAGGGUUGCAUGGCGAUGCUGCCUAUCAUCGCCGUCAGCACCUCAAUGCGCAAGCUGAGUCUGCGUUCGUGUUGCUUGUCGGACGACUUUGUGAUUGAGCUCUGUGCCAUCCUGCAGAACCACCCGUCCCUACGGUCCGUGGAUAUCAGCGACAACGAGCUCGUCACGGUGUACAGUGCGUCGCACAUCAUUGGUGUGAUGCGCAACAACCUAAACAUGGUGUUCUUCGACGUGUACAACACACACGUCGGCGCCAACGUGGCUGGCAUCAUUGCUGAGCUUGGCCAGCGAAACUUGAACGGGGUCCUGCACUACUACGAGGACCGUUACUUCCACAUGAAGAACCUCUUCAAUUAUAUGGAUGCGGACGGCACAGGCUGGGUGCUUCUCAAGUCCCUUGUCCUUAACUGCCCAUACCCGGUGCUGCAGGAGCAGUUCGUGGAGCGUAUCGCCACUAAGAACCCUCGCAAGCGCUCCGACAAUACCAUUAGCAUCAACACAUUUUUGCAGCUCAUCUACAUGAACUACAAGACCGAGUCGGAAAUCGGCGCUUGCGCUCAGAAGACGAUCGAUGAGUCCUACGUCUUCACAGUGGCGAACUGGAAGCAGCUGCUGCGUGCGGUCGAGCGGUACAACGUGUGCGCCGCCGCCGUGAAGGAUGGAGAGAAUUCGUAUCGUCCUGUGCAACUGCCCGACGACCUCCACCGCUGGCGUCUGCGAGAUUACAUCAUAUCGAACGACGACGCAGAUGCGCUGGUGGAGGGCGCAGUGCACCUGAUGGAGCACUCGGCGGCAAUGGCGGAGGAUGCGUCCGAGUGCAGCGAGUUGGGCGAGCGCGCUGAGCCGGAUGUCGAGGUGAACAGGGACAAGGAUGCAGGGGAGAAGGCGUCGGAGAUGACCCCGCUUCUGAUCUCCAUCUCCAUCCUCCUCAGGGCCGCCAAGGCAACUCUCGUCGCUCCCCCCUCCGCCGCCAAGCCCUCGUACCACUUCUACACCGACCGCGACGCCGCUUACGUGCCGGAGAUCAUGCGGAACGGGUCGCGUCUCUUCAGUGUCGGCCGGCUCUCCUGCAUCUUCAGUGCUAAUGCCUCCGUCGCCGGCGACAGCGUGACCUCUGCCGACACCGCACAGAACUCCACCGACCCGCCGCGCGUGUUCUCACUGCCCGCGUCAGUGGUGAGGAUGGUGGUGGAUUUCUUUAAUAAGGAGAACGCAAAGAUGCCCGCAAAGAAGGCCUCCAUCAUCCCUGACAGCCCCCGCACCCGCCGAGACAAGGCGAUGGAGAAGGCGGCGAUCCCGGUGCCGACGUUCCUUAGCACUGAGUUCGUCACCGACCUGGAGCGUGUAUGCCCUCGUCUGCUCGCAGACUACUACUCCCGCUACGGACUGCUGAUCGAGGAUGGCACCAUCACACUGCAGGAGAUGGUGAACGUGCUAGAUGAGAUGUACGUGCAGUGCCGCAUCGACCGCGUCAUUUCACUGAGUGACAUCGAGGCCAUGUCAGACCCCUUGAAGGAUAAGUCCCUGGCGGGCUUUAUGGCUGCUCACUUCGCCGACCGUGACGAAGACAUCUCCAUGGUGGAGGCGUUCAGUGAAGUGAUGGCGUACUGA